GCGCAUGCGCAGACAGCCCCGUCAUCCCUUUUCUGAGAGAAAGGCUCCUGAGAGGGAGAAAGAUGUCGACGCAGCGCUGGGAAGUGGUCAGGAAGCCCAGCCGGAAGGGGCCCUCCAACACGGUCCUCGCGGGGAGGAAGGCGCUGGGCGAGGCCAACGGGGGACAGCGAGGGGCGCCCGCCUCGGUCCCUCUGGCUACUUCGGAAACCCUCUUUGAGCUGGGCUUUGAGAAGUCAAAGAAGAAGCAGAACAAGGAGCAGGUACCACCACCUUCGGGAUCCCAGCAGCAAAAGAAACAAAAUGCGGGGAAAAAUGCCAAGAAAGCACCAGCCGGAGAACUGAGGCAGAGAGAAGUGAAAUUCCGGACGUUGGAAGAGGCGCUGAAAGUGUUGGAUGUGUCGGAACUCCAGAAGGCACUGGAUAAAAGCCUGGAUUUGUUCCCGGAGAACCGUUCCGUGUGGCUCAAAGACCUGGCUGGCUACCUGAACUACAAGCUGCAGGCCCCAGAAAGCGAACCCACCCUCAGCCAGCACCCUCACGACUACCCUUACUGCCUUAUCAACAAAGAGCUGAAGAGCAUCAUCAGGUCGCUGCUCUCAAAAGCCGCAGACGUCCUGGAGCUUUUCUUUGACCACUGUAUUUACACAAUGUUGCAAGAGCUGGACAAGACCCCCGGGGAAUCCCUGUAUGGCUACAGGAUCUGCAUUCAAGCCGUGCUCUUGGACAAGCCUCGAGUGGCCACGGCGAACUUGGGCAAGUACCUGGAGCUGCUGCGGUCCCAUCAGAACCGGACGCCCAAAUGCCUGACCAUCAUGUGGGCCUUGGGGCAAGCGGGAUUCGCCGAUCUGACGGAAGGACUGAAAGUGUGGCUUGGCAUCAUGCUUCCGGUCCUGGGCAUCAAGUCUCUCUCCCCGUUUGCCAUCACCUUCCUGGAUCGUCUGCUCAUGAUGCAUCCCAACUUGACCAAAGGCUUUGGCAUGAUAGGACCCAAAGACUUCUUUCCUCUCUUGGACUUUGCCUUCACGCCCAACAACUCCUUAUCGCCCAGCCUCCAGGAGCAGCUCCGGCAGCUGUAUCCUCGCCUGAAAGUGCUGGCCUUUGGGGCGAACCCGGAGACUACGCUGCACACCUACUUCCCGUCCUUCCUCUCCAGGACGCUCCCCGGCUGCUCUGCUGACAUGAAGAAAGAGCUGCUGAACUGUUUGACCGAGUGCCUCAAUCUCGACCCGCUCAGCUUCAGUGUCUGGAAGCAACUCUACGCCAAGCACCUUUCUCAGUCGAGCCUGCUCCUGAACCACUACCUGGAAACCUGGGGCCAGACAUCCAAAAAGGUCCGGAAAUCUUUACAUGAAACGGUUCGCUCGUUCAAAGCCACAAAUGAUGAACUGGCUCUGAAGGGAUCCAACAAUGCUCAGGACGUCUCCGCUUGCCAAACUGCCUGCGAGAGCCUGCUGCUCAAGAUGAAAACCAGUCGGUUUCCUUGGCCCCGGCUGGCCUUGGUCCUCCUCGUCUUCGCUGGCUGCUUCCUGAUGCACGACGUGAGGACCCACGGCUCCUUCCAAGCCUCUGCCUCUGCUCGGUUCCUCCGCUCCUCCGGCAUCCUAUCUGCAUCCCAGCAAGCCUGGAGCAAGGUGUCCCAUGCCUCUGCGGGAAGCUACAGCUGGCUCGAAGCCAACGUGCCUGUCUACUAUUCUCGCGUGGCCACUGCCCUGGGACCCAACCUGGAGCUGGCCUGGGCCAAGACGAACGCGACGGCCACCUACAUCUCCGGGAAGUGCUCAGCUCAGUUGGCCUGGCUCAGGGACCAUCUCCCGGCAUUCAUAGAAUGGCUCCAGACCCACAUUCCAGACGCCGUACUGCAAGGAGCCGAGUACCUCAAGGAGCUUUUGCUCUUCCUCAUGCGGAACUGUUUCCUGCCGGCCGUGGACUACGUGACCACGUCCCUGGAGGGACUCUGGCAACGCUGGGUGGCCUCUUGCAAGGGUGAAGGCUCGUGGAACUGCCUAAGGGACCAACUGACCAACCUCACCUUUUCCUCCUGGACGUUCCUGCAGGACACCACGGUGGCCAUCAAGGACUGGGCCUUGGCCAUCAUCUCAGGCCACUAGCACUGGCACUGGGCCUCAGGAACGGAGUGGGAAGUGUGGCUCAGGACAUCUCUGAGCACAGGAAGGCGAGGCAGUGCCACCACGGACCCCCUGCUGCAGCCCGUUGUGUGGGCCAGGCUCCUUUUCACUCAGGCCUUGUCGUCUCACCUGCUGCCCAACUUCGACAUCGUUGUGCCACAGGUUUGGAGGCUCUUCCUGCAAAUGGAAAACUUCCCCCCGGUCUCUCUGCCGCCUUCUA